AAUGUUUUUCAGUGAUUCAUAUUCAUUACGCAUUUUUGUUACAGUGGGAUAGAGGGAGAGUCUAGGUUUGUCUUUUGUUUUUAUAAUCAGGAUAAUGGAUGAGUCUUAGCUUGUAUGUGGACAAUAAAUACUAGCCACUUGGGGACUUUUACACCGUCAAAGAUCUGCCAUUUCAUCUGUCAGCUUGUGACAGCAAGGAAUUAGUGUCUAUAAUGAACUACACUGACCUAAUAGUUCCUCAUGGGCCGUUGAUUGCUGUUGUAGAAAGGACAUUAAUCAGUUACAGUUACAUUAUUUACUGUCCAGUGUCACCCAAAUGAGGAUGAGUUUCCCUUCUGAGCCUGGUUCCUCUAAAGGUUUCUUCCUCAUAUCAUCUCAGGGAGUUUUUCCUCACCACCGUCACCACAGGUAUGCUCAUUAGGGAUAAAAUAGUUUAAUAACUUAAUGUAAUAAUUUUUUUCUCCUUUCUCUGUUUCUCUUCUUUUUGUAAAGCUCCUCUGAGACAAUGUCCAGUGUAAAAGGGGCUAUACAAAUAAAUGGGAUUGAAAUAGAAUUUAAUUAAUUUUGGUCAGUGAAGCAGUUGGGGUUGACCUUCAACAUGCAGCGAAACAAAUCAAAGUGAAGUCUUUAUGUUGUGAAAAUUCGAUUAGUUAGCAAGCUAAUUUCACUGAUUUGACAGUUAGCUAUUUAGACGGAGCUUCUCGGAGCAGUUAUCCUUCCUGUAACCAGUUAGUUUGGGAAGUUGACUGAUUUGAUAGUAUGCUCUAAAAAUGAAUGUGUUUCUGGACACUUAUGGAUUCUGGACAGCAUGCCCUUUCAGAAAACAGAUUCUGUCUUGCUCUUACAAAUGAUCUGCUAGGUUUUAUUUGCGACCAGGAGGCUCGGCUCACGUCAGAGUAACGUCUCACUCCAGGGUCUUUUACAGCAGGCGAGUGCUUACACAGACAGGAUGUUACCCAGCUCUUAUGGGCUUGUGGGAUUGCUCAGGUUAUUCCAUCUCCUGGAAAUCAGAGCGGCUUUACAGGAUGUGCUAAUGAAGAAACUUAAUAACUGUUAUGUCACUGAUAUGUCAGAUCACUGUUUCAGUAAAUGAAGUCAAAGAAUCAAUAAUUUGUGCACCAGGAAGCUGCUUCAGCAGAGGAGUAGUGUAGUGUUUGUAGUGAAAUCAUAUGACACAUGCCAAGGUCACUCUGAAUGUGAAAUGUGUCCUAACGUUGAUAAAAUUUUGAAGACUGUGAUGUUUAUCAUGAAGAUUGUGAUAUUAAUGGGAAAUGUAUGCUUCUAUUAAGUGCCGCAAAACAAAUAAACGCAACAACAACCCCCUUUAGGGCAGUAGUGGUUCUAUUGGUUCCAGCUCUGGGUUAGUUAGCUCAGAGGGUUGAGGCUUCAAACCCCAUCACCACCAUGAUACAUGAGCAUAACAUUUCACUUAGCUGAAUAGUGACAAAUAAAGGCUUCUUCAUCAGUUCAAAUGUAUUCAAUCAUCUUCAGUAAGUGCUUCAUCCUGCUCAGUGUGUGUGUGUGUGUGUGUGUGUGUGUGUGUGUGUGUGUGUGUGUGUGUGUGUAGAAGGGAACAUUAUCUCCUCAAAGUUGAUGUCUUAGAAGCAGGAAAAACGGGCAAGUGUAAGGAUUUGAGCGAGUUUGAUUUGAGCGACAAGGGCCAAAUUGUGAUGGCUAGACCACUGGAUUUCUAAAACUGCAGCUCUUGUGGGGUGUUCCUGGUCUGCAGUGGUCAGUAUCUAUCAAAAGUGGUCCAAGGAAGGAACAGUGGUGAACGUGGGGAGUGAAGGCUGGCCCGUGUGAUCCGAUCCAACAGACGAGCUACUGUUGCUCAAAUAGCUGAAGUUAAUGUUGGUUCUGAUAGAAAGGGGUCAGAAUACACAGUGCAUCACAGUGUGUUGUGUAUGAGGCUACAUAGCUUCAGACCAGUCAGGGUGCCCAUGCUGACCCCUGUGUACCUCCGAAAGCACCAACAAUGGGCACGUGAGCAUCAGAACUGGACCACGGAGCAAUGGAAGAAGGUGGCCUGGUCUGAUGAAUCACAUUGUCUUUUAAAUCACAUGGAUGGCCGGGUGCGUGUAAGCGCCUCUUAUCUGGGGAACACAUGGCACCAGGAUGCACUAUGGGAAGAAGGCGAGCCGGCGGAGGCAGUGUCAUGCUUUGGGCAAUGUUCUGCUGGGAAACCUUGGGUCCUGUCAUCACCUGUGGAUGUUACUUUGACACGUACCACCUACCGAAGCAUUGUCACAGACCAUGUACACCCUUUCAUGGAAAUACUAUUCCCUGAUGGCUGUGGCCUCUUUUAGCAGGAAAUUGCCCUGUGCCACAAAGCAGAAAUGGUUCAGGAAUGGUUUGAUGACCACAACAACCAGUUUGAGUUGUUGACUCGGCCUCCAAAUUCCCCAGAUCUCAAUCCAAUCCAGCAUCUGUGUGGUUGUGCUGGACAAACAUGUCCCAUCCAUGCUCCACCUCACAUCUUACAGGACUCAAAGGAUCUGCUGCUGAUAUCUUGGUGCCAGAUACCACAGCACACCUUCAGGGAUCUAGUGGAGUCCAUGCCUCGAUGAGUCAGGGCUGUUUUGGCAGAAAAAUGGGGACCAAUGCAAUAUUAAGUUAGUGGUCAUAAUGUUAUGCCUGAUCGAUGUGUGUGUGUGUGUGUGUUAUUGGUAUGAAUUUUAAACAGGUAGCUGGAGGGUAAGGGGAGUUAAGUGGAAGGUCUUACAGCAGUGUGGGUGGAUUGUGUGCGUUGGUGAGAUCUGUUGCUUGACCUCUGGUCUGCUCACCUCCCCGGCCUCUGCUUUCCAGUCUCUGAGGCUGAGGCUGCUCUUUUCCUUAAAGGACUUUGAUUUUUAGAGCAGUCAGUCUUUUUAUUUUUUACUUUUUAAACCAUACUUACAUUUUUACUCGUAUUUUAUUCAAAUCUAAAUUCAGAUCCAAUAAAAUAAUAAAUAUCUAAUAAAUAACAACAGAGCAAUAACACUAAAAUAAUAAACUAAAGUAAAUCUGUUUAAUGCUUUCCUUAAAUGUGUCAUUUAUUCAUGAGUUUCAGUGACACUGGGGAAAAAAUCACUGCAUUUAAUUCGUUCAGUUGUGUACAUCAGGUCCAUCAGUCUGUGUUUCUUCCGGUCAGCUCUAAACAUCCAGAUUAUAUUUUAUAGUGUAACUGGAUGGCGUUAUCUGGAUUAUGAUGUGAAGUGAUCGCUCUCACACUACAUAAUUCAAACUAGUGGAUUGAAAUGAAAUGUAUGGGAUGUGAUGGAAGGAGAUUUUGAUGAGGAUAUAGUCAGCGGUUCUUCCCCAACGUCAUGUAACUGAUUAACUGCUGAUUAGAAGAAGUUGACGUGCUUAGAAAUGUCUGGGUCAUUAUCAUCAUAGCUGGACUCCUGGUUAGACAUAAAGCGAUUCCAUGUGAAGAACGAGUACAGAGUCAGAGUUUGCCGUCGGAGUAUUUUUCUCUUAUAUCUGACUGACCACAUGUUCCCUUCAUUCUGCGUAUAUUUUCAUCUGUCCAGUUUUGGUCAGAAUUGCUGUUCUUGGCUGAAGGACUGAAACCCGAUGUGGUCUCGCACUUCAAUCUUUGGCAUGCCCUGGUGCUGUUCUGCUCACCUCAGCUGUAAAGAGUGCGUAUUUGAGACUUCCUGUUGUCGUUCCUCUCUCUCUUCUCAUCAGCAAGGCGUUUCCUUACACAGAACUUUUCUUUUCUGGACACUGAGAGACUCUGGAGAGUGUUGUGAGUGAAAAUCCCAAGAGAUCAGCAGUUCCUGAAGUACUCCAACAGGCCCACCUGGUCACUGAGAUCCCAUUUUCCUCUUUCUGACCUGCUGCUUUCUCAUGAAUCAUGGCCUGAAGAAGCAGCAGGGCUUCCUGUUGAAGGCGUUGCAGGUGGAUGUUCGGCAGUUGAACGUAAGUCUCCUGCGGACGUUCCGUGAAGGCGUGGCUGCAGCUCUGGACAUUUCACCUCGACAUGUACACAUCAACCGUCUGAAUGAGCAGAAAAAUGGCAUCGAGUUGUACGUGUCAUCAGACAGAGCCGGAGUGUCUGAGCCCGUGUCCUCAGAGGAAGUGAUCCGCUCACUCAACAUUAACACCCUACACAGCAGCCUCGGCCCUUUCGGUAUCACCGAGGUCUCCUCUGAGAAGAAUGUACUUCAAGGCCAGCAUGAGAGGGACAACGUGUGGAGCAAUGAAAGCUUCUAUGUGGUGGUCAUCUUCCUCACAAUCUUCAUCAUCGUUGUCACCUGUUUAAUGGUGCUUUACCGACUCAAGGAGAAGGUCGAGUACUCAAACGGGCAGCUGAAGGGGCUUGGUGCGCCCGUGUCUGUGCAUGCCACCCAGCCGCCCCUGACCCUCACCAGCAGCAUGGUGCAGGCCAGCCCCGCCCCCAAACCAGCCUGCACCUCUGUGACUAGCACAACAACUUCCUCUACCAAUAACACCAACACCAACAGCACCCAGAUCAACCACAACUCACCCACACACAACAGUGCCUCCAGCUCUGAGUCUCAGUGCCCCCCCUGCCCUCCAUGCCCACCUGUGGCCGAGUUUAAACCUCAUCUGUCCUCCUGUCCUUCACCCUUCAAGAUGAAGCCUGCUGCCGGUCUGCAAGAGAGGCGAGGCUCUAACGUGUCCUUGGUGCUGGACAUGAGUGCACUGGGCUCUGUGGAGCCUCUGAAUUGUGGAGUGAACACUCCUCGUGAGCGUGUGGCUCAGGAGUACCUGCAGUCCGCCGGCCGAGUCCUCACACGCCAGCAGCUCCGAGACGCCACGCUAAACACACAGGCUCUGCAGGCUGAGUUCGCUGAAAUUCCAAUGAACUUCGUAGAUCCAAAGGAUCUGGACAUUCCCAGCCUCGGAACCAAAAACAGAUACAAGACCAUUUUGCCAAAUCCACACUCCAGAGUCCUCCUGAAAAACAAGAAUAGCUGUGAUUCUCUCAGCAGUUACAUAAACGCCAACUACAUACGAGGUUACCUCAGGCAUGAGAAAUCCUACAUUGCCACACAAGGUCCUAUGAUCAACACCGUAAACGACUUCUGGCAGAUGGCCUGGCAGGAGGAUUCUCCCGUCAUCGUCAUGAUCACCAAGCUGAAAGAGAAGAACGAGAAAUGUGUUUUGUACUGGCCUGAAAAGCGAGGGAUUUACGGCAAGGUGGAGGUCCUCAUCACCGGUGUCCGGGAAUGUGAGCAUUACACUGUCCGCACGCUCACACUCAAACAAGGUGGCCAAAGUCGUAAAGUCCAGCAUUACUGGUACACAUCAUGGCCGGAUCAUAAAACCCCUGACAGCGCAGGGCCUCUGCUGCAGCUCAUGACUGAUGUAGAGGAAAGCAGAGAGGCUUCUGAGUCUCAUGGUCCUGUCAUCGUUCACUGCAGUGCUGGGAUUGGACGCACAGGCUGUUUCAUAGCCACCACUAUCGGAUGCCAUCAGCUGCGUCGGGAAGGAGCUGUGGAUGUUCUGGGCAUCGUGUGCCAGCUGAGAGUGGACAGGGGUGGAAUGAUCCAAACCGGAGAGCAGUAUGAAUUUGUCCAUCACGCCUUGAGUCUCUACGAAGGCCGCCUGUCAGCAGACCCAGACCCGUGAACGCAAACCCGGGGCCGAGACAAAGAAGAUGGUCCACGUUAACCAGGAAGAACAUUCUCUCAAGGGUCCAAGCGUCCAUUUUUCUUUCUCAUCCCGGGAGACAAUCUAGAAUGGAAGGGAUUGUUGAUGGAGAUAUUUUGCACAACCCAUACAGAACGAACCAGAUCUCAGCAGAAUGGCGUGUGAUGUGUUGAUGUUGAUGUCUUGACUCAGACUGCUUUUACCUCUAAACAAGUGUGUCCGCUCUGUCCACCUCAACCGAAGGCACUCGACCAGUAUACCUGCCCUCUCACCUCCAGCUCUGGACUUUUUUCACUGAGCCACAUCAGCGCCAACCGUGUCCCAGUAUUCAAUCCAAAACGUGUAUAGUUACGAUUAGCACUUUCCUCAAGACUUCACACGAAACUAUGUGACCGUGCACAAGGUGGUUGAAGACUGUUAGACGCAUCAGCUGGACUCAUGUGUGAAUAAGUUCGGAUCAGUUUCUCUAAUAAUAAUAAUAAUAAUAAUAAUAAUAACUACACUCAUAUAUUUUAAAAAACAACAACACCAAUAAAUAUCAAGAUUUCAGCACGAAUGUAAAUGGCAGAUUUUUUUUGUUUUAACAACGUUUAGUAUUUGAUCAUCCGCCUGAACACUGCUCACUUCUCCUGUAGUGCUGUUUGUAAAAGACGAGGCUGAAUAAAGCCAGUGGAGCGGAAGACAUACACACAAAUGUAGUUUAAAUAGCAGAGUUUGAAAUAUAGAUGUAAAAUAUAAUGGUUAUUUUUGUACAAUCUUCCCUGAAUAACUGCUGGGUUAGUCAUUUUUUUUAUUUUAUUUUUGAGUUUCUAUUUAAUUAGGAUUAUUAACAUCAUCCAGACAUUUAUCUGUGGUAAGGACUAAAGGAAGUUAAAAAAAAUAAGGCCAAAUCUUCUACAACAUAAUGUUAUUGAUUUAUGGAGGAUGGAAUUAUUUGGUUCUGAGAUGUCUAAUGCUUUUCAUUUUUUGAGCAAUUUUUUAAAGCUUUCCAUUUUGUUAUUUAUUUAUUUAUAUAUAUAUAUAUAUAUAUAUAUAUAUAUAUAUAUAUAUAUAUAUAUAUAUAUAUAUAUAUAUAUAUAUAUAUAUGUAUAUAUAUAUAUAUAUAUAUAUUCAUUUUCUUUUUAAAUUUUUUUUCUUUUACCACUGAUUGUAAGCCAUCCCCACGCUUUGCUUUUUCUGAACCCAUUUUAUCCAUGCCUUUUAGCUAAAUGCCAACACCCGCUAACACAAACUUCCUGUGCUGAAUCAGGAAGCUGUGUGCUGCUCAGCGCCAUUAUGUUCCUGGGUGUAUUUUUAAAAAUUCUAAAAGAACAUAAGUACCCUGAACACCCUUUUUACACGAAUGCCGUCGGACCUUAUAUUGUUUUCUUGACCUGUGAUUCUGUGACUAUGAUACACAGUAAUGUGCAUAAAGUCUUAGCCACCCUGCAUUUUAUAUACAUUUUCUGAUAACAUUUUAUUGUAUUGGGAAAAAAAAAAAAUACUUCUUCACUGUUUCCUCUUGGCUUGUACCUGUGCAAUAUUUUACCUAGGCAACAUUUAGUGUUACAGAUCAGCUGAUCUGAUACGGAGUAUGGUCCAAUAGCUUUCAGUUACAUAAUCCUAGUUCUGUUGCUUCCUUUAUUUCUUUACGUUUUGGAUGAAUCACGUUUAAUCCAGCAGUUUCCUCUGAACCGAUCAGUGAGCUCCAGGUGAAAGUGUAUAAUAUGGCGGUUAGAGUUUCAUCAGCGGCAUGUCUCUGAGCUACACGAGGACUUCGCUGCUAAAAGCGUUCGCUUCGAGAGGCGGGAAGAUGAUUGUCCUUUACUGUAACUAUGAACAUUUCUUACGUUUUUUUGUAUCGUCCAUUUUUUAAAAUUCUGAUUAUUUGUGAUACAAAGGUUUUAAAAAAAAAAUUAUAUUUGUGAAUUUCUAGUAGAUGUGUGUAGCAUAGAAAAAUCUGGUCAGUGGAAUAAAUGAAACGGUUUCUCGUCACUGUACGUUGGCUUACUGUUUGUAGCUAUUUUUCACUAUUUCGUAUUAACCUGUCAAUAACCUUUAUUUCCUCUUUCUUGCUAAUCCACAUGAAUGUUGUGGGGAAAUCAGUGUAACUGUCCAGCAGACCUGCUACAGUAGAUAUUUCUAGCUUAGUAUAAUCUGUACAUAUCAUCGGUGAUGAGACCCGAGCUGCAGAUUUGACGUGUCACGUGUGAAGGAUUCAACAUACUGUUAAUGAAAACACAGGACUAUGUCGUGAUUCAAGCCAUAAUAUCUAAUGUUGAGGUAAUACGUACUGUACGUUCACACUAUGAGUCCUCUUUUCUCUUUAUAGAGAGCCUGUAAAGUGGAGAAAUGCGUUCUUGUGUAUAGAACUGGCAGUUACUGCCGUCUCUGACUGUCCUGGUAAUAAUAUACCUAACUCUGUGACUCUGUGGUCUUUACAGCCAAUAAACUGAUCAUACCAAGUCA